GGACCAUUGCACUUUACAGAUGUUUCAGUUUGGUGGCAUUUCUUAACACGGAUGGCGGUGGAUCAGUUUAUAUCUGUUGUUAGUCCGGCAACAGGAAAAGAAGUUAUCUUCCGCUGGCAACCCUCUAAGGCCAGUGAAAUAAAAGAAGAGAAUUCCGAGAUCGUCGAUGUGAUCGGAUGGAUCGCGGAAGACGUCGAUGAACUCUCUGACGAUCACGAACUUCAUACCUUGCUGGCUGAAGUUGACAGAACUUCUUACGAUUCUGUUUUCAAGCUGUCUGCGGCAUACAACAGCGCAAUAUUGGACAAGAUAUCAGAGUGGGACAAAUGCGGAACAAAACCGUCGUUCCUCAGCCGACGCGCAUCGGUUGCUCAUUUACAGUUCAUACUGUACCAGUGUUACAACCGAGCAGUGGCGGAACCCGACAAACUCAAUCAGUACCCCCCUUUCUCUCCACAAGUUUACGGGGAAACUUCUUUUGAACUGAUUUGCCAGAUGAUAAAUACCAUCAAUAUCUCAUCAGACGAUACUUUCAUUGAUCUCGGCAGUGGUGUCGGUCAAGUUGUAUUGCAGGUAGCUGCCUCCACAGAUGCGAAGUUUUGCUAUGGUAUCGAAAAGGCCGAAUAUCCAGCUCUUUGUGCUCGCAGACUUGAUUCAGAAUUUCGAAGCUGGAUGGCUUUUUAUGGGAAAUCCUAUCGUCCGUAUUUGCUUGAGCGGGGCGAUUUCCUCUCACCGGAAUGUCAGGAAAGAAUUUCAUCCGCAGGCGUUUUGUUCGCAAAUAACUUUGCUUUUGGCCCCGAAGUCGACCACCAGUUGAAGCAGCGCUUCGCAAACCUCAAAGAAGGUGCUCGAAUUAUUUCUUCCAAGGCCUUCUGCCCGUUGAACUUCCGGAUCACCGAUAGAAACCUGGGAGAUAUCGGCUCCAUCAUGCAUGUGUAUUGUCUGAACCCUAUUCAGGAUGCGGUCUCGUGGACGGACAAACCGUUUAGUUAUUACGUGCACACUAUCGAUCGAUCUUUGUUGGAACGUUAUUUUUCACGUUUGAAGAAUCCCAAACAGAAGGUACGUCUCAGAUUUCUGCAUCGUUCUCGUUUUCUCUUGUCUCCCAUGUCCUCUACUGUGUUGUUCCCUAAUUCUUUUUCGAUGUUGAAACAUCAUUCUACCGUGAUGCACUUUUGCACCAAUUCCUCAGUGCCGUGGUUUCGCAUCUGGCGCCUUCCUCGAUAG